AUGCAGGAAGCAACAGACUCGAGACCUGACGGGAAGGAUGAUAGUUGCAUGCCCAUUCACCAUGUACCUUGCACCAACAUCCCCCGCAUCCAACCCCCGCUCCGGCCGUACUUGGGUGUAUAUCUCCUAGUGCUGACUGGAACCGUGCAAGGCGAUCGCGCAUCUACUUGUCUGUAUGCAUACAAGCAACGAGUCGGUCUUGUCCAUGUCUCCCGUCAAGCGCAGAUUGGUGCAGGGCAAGCCAAGAAUAGAAUACCAACUAGGACUAGCGCAAUGCACAAGCGCGUCUCGUCAAGUCUGUCUCGCGGAGUUUGGCAGCCGCGAGCGGAGAAAGGGCCGGAAGGACCGAGGCCCUUUUUGCAUCUGCGAGUCGAUGGCGACUCCACAUGCGUUGGGGAUGAGGUUGUGUAUGCAGAUGUCAUGGCGUCGCGAUGGGAUAUCGUGUCAUGCGGGUGGCCGCGUGCAUGCGACCCUCUGGUUCGUCCGAGGCAUUUGGCAAAGGCUGUCAAUCCGGAUACUAGAGUAGCGUCCACACCCUUUUUGUCCAGCAUAGCCCGGCUUCCCAGCCUCGACAAUGUCUUCAGCCAGAGGCAAGAAAGCGGGUGGGCCAAUAUGAACGGCCUGACACUAGCGAGCCUACACAAGUACUGGCCUACCUCACCCCCCACGCACGACUCGAGGAAAAAGGGCAUUCUCGAACCGCCCGCCCACCAUACUUGGAUCUGUGCCUUUCGAAACCCCGGAUCCCUACACUGGUCUCCGAUUCAUCGCCUGGCCCGUUCAGCCCACUUUCUGGGAGCCCUGUUGGAGAGCUUUUGGAUUUGGACUGCGCUUGCCUCGCUCGACCAAGACCAAAGUGGUCGCCUGCAUUGUGACAGCUGCACUCCGCAUUCUAGCACCCUUACACGACAUUCAACCUCUGCCCAGCCCGUCGCAAACAUGGUUCGCACCGCUUUCUCGGCUGCAUUGGCCGCUGCAGCCCUGGUGCGCACUGCAUAUGCUGCCGGCGCAAAGUGCACAAAAGACAGCCAUUGUCCUCAAGACACGCCUUGCUGCUCCCUCUAUGGCGACUGCGGUGUCGGCGCUUUCUGUCUGGGAGGAUGCGAUCCGCUCAUGUCCCACUCCUUCGACUCGUGUGUCCCAGGCCCAGUGUGCAAGUCUGGCACCUACACGCUCGACUCUCUCGACGACGUGCAGACCAUUGACAAGUACCUCGGCGAUGCCUCCAAGAUCAACUGGCAGUCGCAGGGCAUGCCCGCCAUCUACACGGACCCCAAUGGCAAAAAGUCGACGCUCUUGACCAUGGCCCAAGGCACCGUCGGCACCCUCCUCGCAUCAACACACUACGUCUGGUACGGCAAGAUUUGCUCCAAGCUCUCUACCGCACAGGGCAAAGGUGUCGUUACAGCCUUUAUCCUCAUGUCGGAUGUCAAGGAUGAAAUCGAUUUCGAGUGGGUCGGUGUGGACACCGGACAUGUGCAGUCCAACUUUUACUCUCAGGGUGUCACAGUCUACACAAAUGGCAAGAACCUCACCGUCCCCGACCAAGACACGGCCUCCACCAUGCAUGAAUACUGCAUAGACUGGACCACAGACUCGCUCACCUGGUCCAUCAACGGCAAAGACCAACGCACCCUAAACCGCAAAGACACUUGGAACGCCACGUCGAACCGCUUCGACUACCCCCAAACCCCCGCCCGCAUCAUGCUCUCCCUCUGGCCCGCCGGCCUCCCCACCAACGAAAAAGGCACCAUAGAAUGGGCGGGCGGCGAAAUCGACUGGAACAGCCCGUACAUGGAAAACGGAUACUACUACGCCCGCUUCUCCGAAGUCACGGUCGAAUGCUACGACCCACCCCCCAACGCGCAGAAAAAGGGCAGCAAAACCUACAAAUACACCGACGAGGCUGGUACGAACAAUACCGUCGCCAUCACCGACGACGAGGUCAUCCUCGGCUCCCUCAUGGGCACCGGCGAAAACCCAGGCGAACCCCCAAAGAGCGGCGACGCACAGCCUACCAAUAGCAUUGCCAUGGUGCCGGGUGGCAAUCCCGGUGCCGGCGCCGCCAACCAGGUCGAACAGACGCCUGCAGCUGAUCAGGCCGCCGGCGGCGCCGGCGCUAAUCCCGCUCAGCAGACGGGCGGCGCGACGCAAGGGGGUGAUGUCCAGACUGGGUUUACACAGGGUGGUUCGUCGGUUGCGACGGGUUCGGCGCCCGAGGGGGGCUUAAACCGGCUGGGUGGGAGUGUGGUGGCUGUUGUGGUGGCCAUUUUGGCGCUUGUGGCCAUGUAG